AUGGCGUUAUCAGGUGAUAACGAAGUUGCCAUCCAGUUCCCAUUCUUCAACGUGUACCAAGACGGUCGGGUCGAAUUACUGUGGCCUGACUUAUUCCCGAAAAUCCCACCGUCCCAUGACCUGAUUACUGGGGUCCAGUCCAAAGAUGUGAUCAUCUCAAGUGAACCCAAAAUCUCUGCUCGUAUUUUCUUGCCAAAACUCAGAACCCUUGACCAAAAAUUCCCUCUCUUACUUUAUAUUCAUGGGGGUGGCUUUGUGAUGUUUUCUCCCUUCGAUAUUCCCUACCACGUUUUGUGCAACAAAAUAGCUGCUGAGGCUAACGUCAUUGUUGUGUCUGUGGAAUAUGGUCUCUUCCCGACCCGACCUAUACCUGCAUGCUACGAGGACUCAUGGAAGGCGCUCCAGUGGAUGGCUUCCCAUGCUGAUGGGAUUGGAUCUGAGCCAUGGCUGAAUGAUCAUGCUGAUUUUGGUAAAGUGUUUGCUGGGGGAGAUAGUGCUGGAGGUAACAUUUCACAUACGCUUGCAUUUCGAGUCGGGUCAAUUGGGUUACCCGGAGUGAAGCUAGUUGGAAUUAUUAUGAUGCAUCCAUUUUUUGGUGGCACUAAGGAUGAUGAAAUGUGGUUAUACAUGUGCCCAAAUAAUGGUGGAUUGGAUGAUCCAAGGAUGAAUCCGGAUUUGAAGGAUCUUGCUAGACUUGGGUGUGAAAGGGUGCUGAUCUUUGUAGCUGAGAAAGACUAUUUGAAUGUUGUUGGCAAGAACCAUUACGAGAAAUUGAAGAAGAGUGGGUGGAAAGGAAGCGUUGAAAUUGUUGAGAAUGAAAAGGAAGACCACUGCUUCUUUUUGCGUGAUCUCAAUAGCGAGAAGGCUUUGGAACUGAUGCAAAAGUUUGUUUUGUUUCUCAAACAGACCAGUGCGUGA